GGGGAUCGAGGCAAACGCGGAAGGAAUGGAUUACCAGGAGCUCCAGGGGCCUCACCGGACGAACCAGGACCCCACGGCCCCCCUGGUGUGCCUGGAAGGGAAAGGAGAAAAGGGUAACAGUGUUCCAGGUGAGCCUGGUGCCAAAGGGUUGAUAGGCUUCCCAGGCAGAAAGGGUGAAAAAAGGGAGUCCAGGUGUCAAAGGAGCUCCUGGAACUAUCGGUGCAAGAGGUUUCCGGGGCAGCAAAGGUGAAAAGGGUGACCGAGGUUUGCCUGGCGUCAGAGGAGAAAGGGGAAGUGUGCUUCAAAUCCAGGGCCCCGUGGAUAUAAAGGAACGAAAGGGGAGGCGGGAGAACGAGGCGCGCCAGGUUUCGAUGGCGACAAAGGAGAGAAGGGUGAGGACGGCCCCCCUGGAGUCAAGGGCCUAAAGGGUGUUGCGGGCACUAAGGGUGUACUGGGACGAUUUGGAGUGCGAGGACCAGUUGGACAGAAGGGGGAUCCAGGAGAGCCGGGACUUAACGGAGAACUGGGAAGCAACGGGGACCACGGAACAGAUGGAGACAAAGGAGACAAAGGAGACAUCGGCCUCCAGGGACACAAGGGCAAUCAAGGUGAUUCAGGACAACCAGGGUUGCCAGGAGAUAAAGGGGAGAAAGGAGAGAAGGGUUUCAGAGGACUACCGGGACACACAGGGAUUCCAGGAUUAGAUGGAGAAAAGGGGGAGAUGGGACUGCCUGGCACACCUGGUGUACCAGGACUCAAUGGACUCACAGGACGCAAGGGCAAUAAGGGAGAAGGAGGCACCAACGGUGGUGAUGGUGAUCCAGGAGACAAAGGAGAAAAGGGAGCAGCAGGUUUCUCUGGUUUCCCGGGGUUUAAAGGGUCUUCUGGGAGUCCAGGGAGGGAUGGAGAAGAAGGACCCCCAGGAGUGCCAGGACCAUCUGGAGACACAGGACCGAAGGGUGAGCGGGGAAGAAGGGGGCGAUCUCAGUGUCAGAGGGGUGCACCUGGUUCUCCAGGACUCAGAGGACAAAGUGGUGCAGUGGGCAUCGCAGGAUCCAAGGGCGAGAAGGGAGAACCUGGACUCUCUGCAGAAGACGUGAAGGAACUCGUCACCCAGCAAGUGGCAGAAAAAUGUGGCUUAGAGUUCAACUUCAUAAUCAAGUCCAUAGAUCCAGAUUCAGAAGCCACAGUGACUGAGAAGGAAAAUGAGCCAGAAGAUGUGGUGAUGUCCCUCACUCGUGACCAGCAUGAAGAAGAAACCCCAUCAAACCACACGGGACAAACUGCUGAAUGGGAGCAGAGGAAGAAAAGAGCAGUUAUUUUAAAGAACACUGUUGCUGCUGUUUCAGCGGCAGACCGCUGCCUGGAACCCAUGUCAGAAGGAUCCUGUUCAGAGUACCUUCUGCUGUGGUACUUCCACUCUCACUCAGGGGAAUGCAGGCCAUUUUUGUACGGCGGUUGCGGCGGCACUGAAAACCGCUUCCCUUCGAGACAAGAGUGCCGGAGGUGGUGUGUGGAUGAAAAAGGCACUGAACCCAGAAGAUGAA